AUGGCAAGCCAGGAUUUAAGCUUGCCAGUGUACUUUAGAUUUGUAAAAUUACAAUAUUUUAAUUGCAUCCCGAUCAUGGAAAAAAUAGAGGAUAUCAUCCGACAAUCUAACAUUCUUUUCGAGGUAGGCUUGAUUUUGUUUACGUCCCAGUCUGAAAACAUCUCUUCAGCAAUUGCAUAUCUUUUGGUUGCAGAGAAACACGCCAGACAAAACGAGCUUGCAAGUGAAAGUGCACUCAUCACCAACCAUAUUAUGUCGCUGUGCUUAAACUCGGGCGAUUUUGAGCUCUACAAGUCAACGCUAACUACGCUUUGCAAAAAAAGAGGCCAGCUCAAACAGACCAUCACUUCCCUAGUGCAGCUGGCUCUAGAGCAGCAUCUGACAUUAGAGCGUGACAAUGGCAGGCGGGAAUCGCUUAUUGAAGUCCUGCGGGAAAUCACCGAUGGAAGAGUCUUUGUGGAGGCUGAACGUGCCAAGCUUGCCUUGUUAUUAGCCCGCAUUUAUGAAGCCGAUAAAAAGGAUGUACAGGGCGCCGCCCGUAUUCUCAACGAAAUUCAGAUUGAGACCUUUGGCUCUCUAAACCUUCAAUCAAAGCUGGAGUUUUUACUUGAGCAGAUGCGGCUGACUCUUGAAAUUGGCGACACGACAACGGUCCAGAUUUUGUCAAAGAAGAUGGCCCCUAGGGCCUUUGACGAGCAUGAGGCUCUUCGAGCCCGCUACUAUGACUUGCUUGCCUGCUGUAGUCUUCGGCAAGGCGAGUAUCUUGCCUGUGCCCGCGCCCUCAAAAUGAUCUUGGAAAGUGCUGUUUCUAAUUCGGAGUUACAGGAGCGCUAUCCGCUUUCCGGGCUUUUGGAGAAAAUCAUUUGUUUUGUGGUUCUGGCCCCAUACUCUCCAGAGCAACAGGAUCUCUUGCUCUCCAUGAGCAACGACGAACGUGCGCAGCAAUUGUCUAUCCCGCUCUUCUCAAUUUUGACUCUCUUUAAAGAAGAGCUGCUGAUUCCAUCAAGCUCCACUACACAACGUUACGGGGCAGACCUGCAACGUGUAGCCGGUUCAAAGGCUGUUGCUGGACUCAAGGAACGCAUCAUGGAUCACAAUUUGAGGAUCAUUUCAAUUUAUUAUAAGCGAAUCUCGCUCGUGCGCCUCUCGCAGCUCCUGAUGCCGGAUGGUGAGUUUCUAAUGGCAAUGUACCUCCCAUCGACCUCUUAUUCUUUUGAAUCUCUUUCAGAUACAUCGCUGUCGGCUCCCUCUAUUUCGUCAAUCGAAUCGCCUUUGGCGCUUUCCAAGCCAUCAGGGUUUACUCAAUUAGAAUUGGCAGAGCGACAAUUAAGUUCGGUAAUCGCUAGGGGUAUUUUGGCACCAAACAUUGAGGCAAAGAUUGACAGAAUCUCAGGCGUGGUCUCCUUUGAAAGAGCUUCCACAUCCGUCGCUCUAGCUUCGUGGGUUGACGGCACCGGUAAAAUGCUCAAGGACGUGGUUCAUCUCAGCCAGCUGAUUGCAAAAGAGGAGGCAGUCCGCCAAGGCGUCCAUACUGUCAGCUCCGGAUAUUUCAGAACAGUCAGCGUAGCUAAACAACUAAAAUCAAAAAAUUAA